GUUUUAAAGAGGCAAAUCGAGGAAGCCGCAGCGGAAGAAGGAGAUAGGCGCAAUACAUCCUCAACAACUACUUUAUCUGAAGAUGAAGCACUGAACCUGAAACUACCAGAACCACCAAAGACAACUACUACACAAGCAAAGUUUCAACAUCAUCUGCGUGGAGAAAACGUAACACAGGAG